UUGUGAUCGACAGCAUGGUGGACGUGGUUUUCUUUGUGGACAUAGUGCUCAAUUUCCACACGUCGUUUGUGGGCCCAAGUGGUGAAGUAAUAUCGGACCCUAAAGUGAUUCGAAUGCAUUAUCUGAAGAGUUGGUUUGUAAUUGAUCUGUUAUCCUGUCUACCGUAUGAUGUGUUUAAUGCCUUCCAAUAUGUUGAUGAUGGAAUCAGUACCCUCUUCAGUGCUCUUAAAGUUGUGCGUUUGCUGCGUCUGGGAAGAGUAGUAAGGAAGCUUGAUCAUUAUUUGGAGUAUGGAGCUGCUAUGUUGAUCUUACUUAUACUCGUGUUCAUAUUAUUUGCC